AUGAUCAACACGAUGGAACUGCGGGAUAGUCCAAAAUCGAAUCGAUCAAGUCAAGCGGUGAUAGACGCCAAAUCUGACUCAUCAGAAAAGGGUAGCGAAUCACCGAGGAGUUUGAGGGAUUAUCAUAGAGGAGGAUCGGGAAGUUUAACUGGUGGCGGAGCGAUCGUUUUGGCUAAUAAUAAACCGGACAUGAAAAAAUACAAGCAAAAGUUGGACAGUCGACUCGGAGUCGUACUGCUAAUGUGCCUUGUGACCAUUUUUGUAAUUCUAGGUAUCUACGGAACGAUGCACUCAUCCGUUCAUGAUGAACUUACCGUCUACGUCAACAGAACUCAUCAAAUUGCCAGUGAACUUAAAAAUGCAAUGGAUGAGAACUAUCCAAAAGAAAAUCAAACUAAUAUCGAUAAGCAUGGAAGAGUUUGGAUGACUGUUGAAGAGCUUGAAGACUACGCAUAUUUGAUUGAAAAGACCAAUUCUACAGUUUGGAAUCUCUUCUUCUGGAACUUGGUUCUUUCGAUUUUCUUAUUCCCAAUUGUCUUGGCCAUUCACUUGGGAUGGAUUGCUGGUAACGGAGCAAAGCUGGCUUAUCGCGUGGUCCUCUUAAUUGGUCUCCUUUUCUGUAUUGCUCAAUUCCUGCAUCUAGUACAUCCCGUUUUCUGGGGUGCCGUCCGUUUCCCAGGAAUGCUGGAUCGUUUGUUCCUUGAAGCAUACCCACGCGACCAAUAUCACAUUGACAGUAUUCAACGACGAUUUGCUUGUGAAUUCAAACCACACGACACACUAGUUCAGUUGGAUUUGCAACAACCAUGUAUUCCUAAAAUGAAGAACUCCCUUCUGCCAACCUACUCCACCCUUUUGCUUAUCUUCAUUGACCUAUUCCCAUUCUUGUUCGGAGCAUUCAUUUACGCAUGGAGUGCAUGGAUCAAGAACAGUAAUGUCGUCAGAACCGCCAGGCAGCGUGUGGAGUUGAACAAUUCUAGACGAGUACCAUUCCCAACCCAUAAUGUCUACACACCACCGGAACGCAAUACCAAGUUGGUCGAAGUGUAA